AUGACAUAUUUAACGAUUAAAAUAAACAAACAUUAUAAUGAUCUGCAAAAAUAUCAAAAUAUAAUUAGAACUACUACCCAAUUUGUAACACCUGAGGUGCCCGAUAUUUAUGCAAAUUUUGCCACAAAAGAACCGGGAUACAAUAAUCUCGAAAACAAAUUCACGGAGAAAGAAAAGAAAAAGAAAAGCAUGGCACUUGUAUAUUUAUCACAAUUUCCAUUAUAUCCAGCCUAUGCAGAUCAGUUCCAAAGUCAAAUUGUUAUUCCGACCACUUGUAAACGCUGA